GCUACUAGCCACUAUCGACUACCUUUCUCGCCUUCUAUCGUCGGACCAGUUCUUCACACUCUCAACAUGUCGUCAUCCUCGUCCACCUCAUCACCGGCCGAGACCAUCGCCCGAGCGGCACGGGAAGCGUUCGAAGCCUCUCAACUCGUCGACCCCGAGAAACGCAACGACGCAUUGCGUUCGAUCAAGGACGUAUUGAAGGAGAACAAGGAUGAGAUCUUGGCCGCCAACGAGAAGGAUAUGGAGGCCGCAAGACCUCUGGUGGAAUCCGGACACCUAUCCUCCUCGCUCGUCUCCCGACUGUCCCUCUCUCGUCCGGGCAAAUUUGAAGCAAUGCUCUCCGGGAUAGACGAAGUCGUUGCCCUUCCCUUGCCGACAGGCAAGACGACGUACUCCAAGGAGCUAUCACCAGGUCUCGAGCUCUACCGAGUCACCUGCCCCAUCGGCGUCCUUUUGGUCAUCUUUGAAGCUCGACCCGAAGUCGUCGUCAAUAUCGCCGCAUUGGCUAUCAAAUCCGGGAACGCUGCCAUUCUGAAGGGAGGCAAAGAAUCCGUGCAUACCGCCACGCUGCUCAACGAGCUCAUUCAACGAGCCCUCGGCAAGACCGAGUUCCCCUCGACCUCGAUCCAGUCGGUCGCGACGAGGAGCGAGAUCUCGUCCUUGUUGGCGCAGGAGAGGUACAUCGACUUGGUCAUGCCGAGAGGAGGCAAGGCGUUGGUACAGAGCGUCAAGGAUCAGACCAAGAUUCCAGUGAUGGGGCAUGCGGAUGGGAUCUGUGCGAUCUACGUCGACGACGAGGUGGACGAAGGGAUGGUCGAGAGGGUCGUGCUUGAUAGCAAGCUCGACUACCCGGCAGCAUGUAACGCUUUGGAGACGCUGUUGCUGCACGAAACCCAUCUCAAAUCACUCUGGCCGCGCCUGGCCGAAUCCCUCCUCGACUCCAAGAUCGUCCUCCACCUGGAUCCUUCUACCUAUUCUUCCCUCCCCGAGUCCACACGAUCGAACCCGCUCGUCAAACAGGCCGGCCCAGAUGCCUUCGAUACCGAACACCUCGACCUGGAACUCUCUGUCAAGUCCGUCCCCGACGUCCGGGCCGCGGUGGACCACAUCAACCAACACUCUUCCCAUCACACCGACUCGAUCUUGACCACCUCGGACGCUCACUCGUCUUACUUUGUCCGGGGAGUCUCCUCCGCCGACGUGUUCAUCAACGCCUCGACGAGGUUUGCCGACGGACAACGUUUCGGCCUGGGUACCGAGGUGGGCAUCUCGACGGGCAAGACGCACGCCAGGGGCCCUGUCGGGUUGGAAGGGUUGUGCAUCUACAAGUGGGUGUUGAAGAGCAACGAAAAGGAUGGGAGCGUCGUCGGGGACUUUGCGGCGGGCAAGGGAAAGACGUAUACGCACAAGGAUUUGAAGGGGAAGGAAGCGCCGUUCUGAAGGAAUAUGCAGCGGAGCGUAUCGGCAGUGUAGCAAAGCAAGAGCAUAGUAGACAGACAGAUAGAUGGU